CGUGCGCACCCACUGUGACUGCGCUGCCUAUUUCCAACAUUCAAACAUGGCGAAACUCUUUGACAUUAUACCACCACCAUCACCCUCAUCCUCCUCCUCUUCAUCGUUACCACCAACACCACCACCAUCAUUAUCUUCACCAUCACCAUCACCAUUAUCUCCGGUACCGUGAUGACCCGGGAGGAUGGAGAAGUUGUCGGCGAGCCUGUCGGAGAUCUCUUGGAGCCCGUUGGCGCUGCCGUUGGACGCGGUGGUCAGCAAGUUCCGUCUGCCCACUCUGGUCCGCCUGGCCCCCGGUGAAUGUGUGGAGGGUCUGUCGGAGGAGGAUGUGGUGCUGUUACACUCCUGUCGUCAGUGGACCACAGUGACUGCCCACAGCUUAGAGGAGGGACACUACGUCAUUGGACCCAAGAUAGAUAUCCCUCUGCAAUACCAGGGGAAGUUCAAGUUGUUGGAUGAAGACAGAGACGUCAGGGAUCCGGUCCAAUAUUUUUCCAGUGUUGAGGAAGUUGCUGGAGUCUUCCCUGACCGGGUGUUUGUCAUGGAGAUGAUAACGUUUAGCGUGAAGGUGGUUUCUGGGGAGUUCAGUGAGGACAGUGAGCCCUACAGCUUCACUCUGCAGGCUGGAGAUGAGCUGUCACUCAUGGGGAAGGCGGAGCUUCUCUGUGCCACGCCCUCUAAGGAAAAGACAGGACUGAGCGCGCUCUUGAGACGACUGGGAAAGACUCCUAGAAGUAAAACACCCUGCCUGGUCUGUAUGAACCAUCGCACCAAUCAGAGUGUCAGCCUGCCCUUUGGCUGCCGUGGACGCUUUUGCACACGCUCCCCUCUGGAGCAAGGCAUGCUGGGAGGGGAGCACACGGUACGCAGCAUCAUCGAGAGGGUUCGCCUCCCCGUCAAUGUGUCCGUGCCUUCACGACCACCGCGAAACCCUUACGACCGCCAUGCGGUCCGAGAGGGCCACCGCUACAAGCUGCUCAACAUCGUCAGCAAGACAGUGGUACUCUGCAUGGUACUCCGCCGACAGGAAGUCUCCCCCUCCCAUUUCCUGCUGCUGCGGUGCAUGCCCCGGUUCAAUGUGGCUGAGGCCUCUGUCCACACGGCGGCGUUAGAGAGCCUCCUGUUGCGACACGCAUUUGACCCAGAUGCCUACUCUCGUGCUGUUAGAGAAACCCGGCCAGAGCUGGAGUGUAUGACAGAGGAGUGUGUGAGCCCGCGGCGCUCUCGUAUGUGUGUGUCGGGUCAGGACUCUUUGGCACCGGCACUGCAGCGCCUCUCCAUGUGUGGGUAUGGGGGUGGGGUUUCGGACAGCCUAUCACAGCGCUUCAGGGACUCUCUUGGAGAGCAGCUCGGGGAGGGACCAGGUGAAGAGCGGGAGUAUGUGACUCCUGAGUGGACUGAGGCUGAAAUGAGGACCAGUGAGGAAAUUCCUUAUGAGGAACUAUGGACCAAUCAGAGCGCAGAGGGCUUGGGGAAGGAGCCAAACCUCAUCUCCUUCCAUUCGUCUUCCUCAUUAGACGGUUCUCUUGGUACCGUGUUGACAAGAGUGUCUACCCCGCCACCUGUACCUCCAAAAUCGGAUGCUGUGAGAGAGGAAUGUCGCUACUUGAUCGCCCCUCCGGUUCCCCCUCGCUGCUCUAAAGGAGGCUCCAUCUCCAGUCCGGUCCCCAGCCCUCCUGUCCCACCUCGCUUCCCCAAAACCUCCACUUCCCCGAGACCCAACCUCUCCUUCUACUCUUCUGGACUUCAGGACAGCUGUUCGCCCUCUCCGGAUGCUUCCCUCUACUGUUACCCGUGCUCCUGGGCGGACUGCCCUGCCCCGAACCCUGCCAGUCCUGAGCCAGUCUCUGUCAUCCCUGCAGACAACACAGCCAAUCCUCAGCCAGCACAGGCCACCUGGGCAGAGCCGUGGGUAGAUUCCUUCACCUCCUCCGGACCUCGACUGAGGCCACCACCUCCACAGAGUCGAUUUGCUCCCUUCGGGGCAUUGAACCCCUUCAACCGCCAGUCCCCUUGCCCCUCACCUGAGCCCCCUGCCAAUCCCACGACAGAUGCCUCCCGAGGUGCAGAGGGCGGUGGGACGUCCACAGGGGUCAAUGAAGCGUUGUCUCCGCCCCCUGACCCCACCUGGCGGCCUCCUGCUGAUCUGUCUGUGCUGUCAUUGGAGGAAGUGUCGGCCUGCCUGCGGUUCAUUGGCCUAUCAGAGGCGGCGGUGUCUGUAUUCCAGAGGGAGCGAAUCGAUGGCAGCCUCCUGGUGCAGCUGACUGAGGACAUCCUGUCACAUGACUUCCACCUGAGCCGACUCCAUGUUACCAAGAUCACACAGUUCAUACAGGGCUGGAGGCCCAAGAUCUAACACACAUACACACACACACACACACUGUCCUGAUAAUGUGCCUGUUGGCUACUGAGCCAUCCUAAAUGUGCCUUCCACUGUGAGCAACUGGCUGCUGAGCCCCACUGACUGAAGCUAAGACUUUGCUGAAGGAAACCACGCCAUCCUGUGGUCAACCUAUAGAACUGACAACUGACUGGUUCUCAUGCCAGGAGUCUGACUGACUGACUGCAUAUUUCCUGUCUGAAUCACAGACUGGGACUAGCUUACUAACAAAUGGCUACGACAGAGAGCUACAUGAUGAAAGUGCCCUGUUUCAGUUCGUCUUCGGGGCAGAUAGUCAACCACAAUACAUCUUCAUGCUUUGAGAGUGUUAAACACAACAUGGAUUUGUGUGGCCUUCAUGCUGUGCUACCAUAAAAAUCUAAUAUGGGGGGAAAACAUGCCUUCAUUUCUUUAUUUUACAAAAAUCUUUUUUGAAAAAUGAACAGAUUUUACAUAUUGUGUUAUUCACACCACAGUAAGGGUUUAACACCCCUUAUUGUAAUGUAAGGAUCGUUAAGAGACCACCUCUAUUGUUGACCAGUAAGACAUGCAACAACACAGAUGUAACACUGAACCUGUUCCCUACCCGAGUCUCUUGCACAACCGUCUUCUCCUGUCUUAUUGAACUUCAGUGGACUGUAAUUGGCAUAAAUGUGCAAGUUUCUUAGGAGAUAAGAAAGAGCUAGUUGUUUAAAGCUAAAUUUAAAAAAAAACAAAAUGCAGAAAAUCUGAAAGUCAGAAAUCUUAGCACCCAAUGAAGUAAUUAUUGAGUUUCUGGUACUGAUCAAUGAUUCAUUUAACUAUCGCUGAAUAUACUGUAUCAGGGCCAUUUGUGCUUUGGGACCGUUUUUUUAAUUAACAUUCCCUUUAAGGGUAACACAAGAUGUCCUUCGGUCUGUCGUCAGAUACACAGAGGUGUUGCCAUGCUAUAAUAUAAUCUUGACUGCCUCAGAAAUAGAGUUCUCAAAAUGUACCUCAGAUCCUUUGUUCAGAUAGGCUUGAUUUAGCCAUGCAUAAUAAUAAAUGAUAUACACUAAGUAAUAUGUUCACAUAGACAUUUGUUUUUGUUUUGUUAUUAUGUCUUCAUUACGCACCACUAGACAAAGAACACAAAGAUGCAAGGAAUAGGUGCAGUAAAUAAACCGCAAUGGAAAUGUCAAAAUCUGAGCAAAGGUCCAAAGCCCCAUUGGAGACGAUAUAGUUAUAAACUGUUUUAUUAAUUAGUGUUACUAAUAUUGAAUCAGAUAUUAAUACAGUUAUAGUUACAACAGUUGUAACUGUCCAGUUAUUAAAUAAUAAAAAAGGAAUAAUUUAAGAGCAAUAUCUGUGAGUUGAGGGAAAUUUUGACAGGCAUUUUUCAUUAUCUUCCUAAAUUUUAUAGACCAAAUGAUUGAAUGACUAAUCGAAAAUAUAAUUCAAUCAAUCAUAAAAAUAAUCAUUAGUUGCAGUUCUACAUUUAAAUACCUCCAAAUUAGACCAAAUAUAAUUGGAAUUGGAACAAAAUGAGAAAAAGUACAAGUAUGCUAAAGAUUUGAUCUAUUGUGGCUAAAAAUACAAAUAAACUGAAUUUUGAAAGAAACAAAAUGACCAGAUAUUUGCCAGAAAUACUCAGCAGAUGGAGGGACUGAAGUUUUUCUACAUCUGUCAAAAUUGAACAGGGCCUGCUUUAUGAAUUCUACACAUACUGUAUAUCCAGCUUUAAUAGGGGUACAAACAAUUUCUUCAAACAGGUACUGAUGAUAAUGAUGUGAUAUAACUAGGGACUGUAGUGUCAGCUACACUGCGGGAGCAAGAUCGUUAGCCAGAUAACUGUGAAAAUGCAUUUUAUGUUAUGUGUCAUUUAAAUGUCAAAGUAAACUUGUUCAUUA